UAGAAGUAUAAACCAAAACAGUGGCCUUCAUUCCUUUAGAAUUCUGAAAAAUGUUGUCUUCUGCUGAUCAGCUUUUAAGGGUGUUCACUUGGUAGCUGUUUAACAUGAGCACUGUUAAUUGCCUAACUCUUUGUCACCAACAGAAAUAUCACCUAAUAAGCUUAUCUGUUCUUCUUUGAGAAUAGUACCUUCGUGUUAAUAAUUUGUAUUUUCAGUUGGGUGAAACAAAGUGAUGAAUUCAAUGUGAGUAUUGGAAGGAGAUGGGGGAGCAAACCUGAGCAAAUUGACAAGUGAAUCUUAACCUUCAUGGAAUCAGUAGUUAGAGUCUUAAAAAUACUUGGUUUGGUGUUUGAGCCUGAAUUAUCAUGAAUGUAAAGAUACAUAAUUUAACGUGUUUGUUUGGGCUUCCUUGGAAUUUAGAUGCAAGUUCUGUGGCAACUGUAAAGGAGGCGUGUCCCUGGACCACCACACUGGGCAUAGCAAAGGAGAAGAGAAACAGCUGGAGGAUGCAAACAGGAGCUUCAAGUGCAACAUUUCUUUUGUUUUCCUGCUGAGUGAAGCUCAUCUUUUCAUCCCUUGAAGGUUAGCUGCAGAAACAGAAAAGUAUUAUUGUACUAAAUGGACCCUAAUUAAGAAUCGAAUUUGUUCCACUCCACACAGAACUUUACCUCAGGAGUAAGAUGAAAGAUAGUGUCGCUGAAGAACAUUUAUAUUUGGAUUUUUCUCAUCAGUACAGAGAUAGUAUCUUUCCUCUUCAUACGUCUGUUUCACUGUUUUUGCUAUCCUACUGUGACUGCAAAUUAUUCAAAGUUUUCUUAGUGCCGACCAGUGAAGAUGUGGGUGCUCAGUUCGUGACAAAAAACCUCCUUGGUGAUCUUGAGGUCCAUUUAAUCUCCAGGUGUCAGCUUCCAGUGGUUGUGCAGAGCUGCUGUUUGCCUGCUGUUGUUGUGAAAGAUGGCAAGUUCUGCCGAGCUGGGCUUUCUGUUGUCUUAAGGCAUAUAAUACAGAAAACAUACGAGGCAGAUCCAUCUAAAAAGGAUGUUUUGGAACUCUUAGGCUUUAAGAAGACCUGCUUAAAAGCCUGUGCUGAAGUUAGCCAGUGGACCCGACUUUGUGAGAUCAGCAUACCUCUGGCUGUUGAAGGAUUUUUGACGGCGUCUCCUGAGCACUGUCAGACUAUUCCUCCUGAUAUUUUAAAACUUGAAAGGAAGCUUGGAGAACCUGUCCGAGUACAUAAUGAUGACAAAAUUCGAAGGCAAAAACUUCAACAACAGAAGGCAGAUGCCAAGGCUGCAGUGCCUGUACUUGGUAAAGAAGCAAGAGAGGAAGGAAAAACAGUGGAAAUGCAUGAACAUCCACUCCCAAGUUUGGAGCUGAACAUAGCUUUCUCCAAGCUGCUUGUCCAGGAAGUAUCAGAUGCAGUCAGCCGAGAGGCCCCUCACAUCAGGAGGACAAAAACCUCUGACCUUCCACUUUUGGACCACGUUUUUGCAGAAGGGCUUUAUUUUACCUUGGCGGAUAUAGUGCUUUUGCCAUGCAUCCAUCAGUUCUUGGUUUCCAGCAAAAAACAAGGCAAAAAUCUGGUAAAUUUGCCUCUGAUAUCCGGUUGGUAUCGAAGAGUUCAAGAAGUACCUGGAGUAAAGAAAGCUGCUGGCAAAUGCCAUAUGGAGUUUCUCCAGCUUCCAGACUUGAUGUCUGCUCCAGAGGAACAGCUACAAGACUUCUCUUCAGUUCCUGAUGAAAUAGAAGAGGAGAAUGAAGACAGUCAUUUUAUAGGUGGUCCAAGGCCAACUAUGACUAAGUUAAUGGAAAAUGGUAUUGAAGCAAAAUUUUCUCCUCAUCCAUGCCCCAACUGGACCCUAGACUGGACCAAUCUACCAUCUGCAGUCAGUCCUGGAGAAGGAAAGAUGUCUAGAGACCGGGCUCUGAGGAAGCAGCAGCAAUUGAAUAAUUUGGUAGCAGCGGUGACAAAGCUUGCUAAGCCUGGAGAUGUGAUUGUGGAUUUUUGCAGUGGAGGGGGCCACGUUGGAAUUGUUCUUGCUCACAUGAUGCCGUCAUGUCAGGUGGUCCUCAUAGAAAAUAAGGAGUUGUCUCUGAUGCGUGCUAAAGACAGAAGUGAUGAACUAGGUUUAAACAACAUUUGGUUCAUUCAAGCAAAUUUGGACUAUUUCAAUGGCACAUUUAACAUUGGGGUGGCUCUGCAUGCAUGUGGCGUGGCAACAGACAUGGUGAUCGAACACUGCAUCAAGGCACGGGCAGCCUUUGUCAUCUCCCCUUGUUGUUAUGGCUUCAUUCAGAACACAGUGAAGUUUAAAUAUCCACGAAGUCAUCAGUUCAAAGAAAUUUUGUCUUACAAGGAGCACAUGAUCCUUUGCAGAUUUGCAGAUCAGACAGCUGUUCAGCUUCCACCUGAACGCAGGCUAAUAGGAAAGCAGUGUAUGGGGCUUGUGGAUCUGGAUCGGGCAUGGGCUGCAGAAGAACAUAACUACUCUGUCCAAGUUACAUCUAUGGAGCCAGAGAGUUGUUCUCCAAAGAACAAUAUGUUUGUGGGCAUCCCUACUUAGAGUGUGAAACUUGCAUUUGAUUUGAAGUUGAACAUAAAUCUUCAGUGGAUAAUGACAUCCAGCAGAUACAGCCAUAGCUGGGAACCAGACAUCGUGCAUCUUGAACCCAUUCCGUUGGGUAAAGGAAGCAGCACAAAAAGUCUUAGAAAGUGAACUGCGUGCAGAGCAUCACAAAUCGUACUUGUCAUUAAGCAACUUUUGGUUCUCUUACUGAGAAGUUUCUGGAUCUAAUGACUGUGCAUGGAAUUAUAUCCAUCUGCAAAGGUUUAGAAAAACUUGGUCUCGUUGAAAGGAAGGUGAUUUCCUUUUUAGUAAAGCUACUUUGGCUGCUUCAAAAUUGCAUUGACGUUCAAAACUGCAUUUGUGCUUGUAAACAGAGCAGUUAUCAGCCAAAAAUGCAGAUCACUAGAGGACCAGAAAAGAUCAAACUUUUGGUUAGUGAAGAAGGCUGUGCAACAGGUGGUGGCUUGACUUGGCUAAAGAAUUCCAUUCUACUAUAGGAAGACUAUUUUUAAUAAAUGUUCAUCAGAAGACUUUGGGCAUCAUUCUGCAUAUAGAAAAAUGUAUUCUAACUUAUCAAUCUUUUUAAAAAGACUUAAAAAUUAUCUCUAAGUAUUACACAAGAAUUCUGUAACCAUAAUUCUGUUUAAAGAAAGCAAACCCCUAUUUAUCCAUUGCCCAGAUAACAGGAGCUAGUGAUGAUUUUAGUGAAUUGAUACCUCACUGCCUCCUCUGCUAAUUGAAGUGUAUUGCUUCCCAUUCUUAAGAAACUUGCUGUCAGAAGAUAUUUUUAAGGACAGUUCACGUCUCUAUAUUCAUCAUCUUCAUUGAUUUUAUGUUGUUUAAAACUUGAACAAAGUUGCAGUUGUGCCAUUUGAAAGAUCAACCACAGACAUGUUACUGUAAAACGAAAAUAAAUGCUCUUCUGUGCUCUGAUUAGUAGGCAGUUUUCUACCCUAAUUUAAAGUCAUUUGUUGACACUACCACAAUGGAAGAUAGCUUCUAAUGAGAUUUUUCUUUUCAUCUUUAUGGGUUUGAUAUGUUUAUGAAUUCUGCCAUGGAUUAAUUUAAGUAUAUCUGAAGUUUGGUCAGUGUGAACAUACCUUCAGUGCACAUGGCAAACAGAAUUACAAACAAUAGAUACUCGAAGAAAAAAAAAAAGGAUCCUGAAAUAUUUUAUUCUUCAUGAAACGUAUCUCUAAAAGAUCUAAAUACUUGGGUUUUUUAAAUGUGAAGACUGAAGGAAGCUGCACGCUUACUUGGAAGCAGAAAGGUGAGCAAGUAGGUAUGAUUUCAUAUCUUUAGCCCGAGUUCUUCAGUAGAUAAUGACAUGGUACUUUUUCUGCAACUUUUAAUAGUUGGAGGAGUAACUGGACGUUGGAAGAAUAUAUAACAAAUACAAAAGAUACAGCGAUGCCAGUUGUCUCCAGGUUUUUUCUUACAUACUUAUUUGAAUAUUUGAAUGAAUCAAUAUUUGGCAUGGUCCGAUAUUAGCUUUCAGUAGAGCAAAAAUCAGUGCUGUUGCAUGCUUCAGAAUUUCUACAAUAUCUGUCUUGAUAGCUUGUAAUAGUUUCUGGAUCUACCAGAAUAGGAGAAGGAAUACAUUUGGGAUGUGCCAAAGGGAGCAUGUGUCCCGCUGAAUAAAAGAUAAAAAUGGCUUUUUAACAGGCAAAACUAGUAUGUCUUGGAAACAGAGGUGGAGAAGGAGCCUUAUUUGGACGAAUGUCCAAGGGGUUGUUAAGUACUUAGCACAGUCAAGAACAAUAGCUAAAGUCACACAAGAAUCCAAAUACCAAUCUCUGUUUCAUUUGGGGCUUUUUUCCCAUUUUUUAAAGUACCUGUUUUUAUGUUAAUGAUGCAGUUUCCCACAUGUUGUUGCUUAUUUUAUUUACUUAAGUAAAUUACUUUAUAUCUGCUGCCCCACAUAGAACUAGGCUUCAGAGGAAGAAAAGGUUUCUAGAAGCAAGGAAGAAAACCUGCAAAACUAGUGCUGUGUUUAUACGCAUCAAGGCAUCCCAUUUUUCUUGGACGAGCAAAACUAUAGAAAGUGAGUUUGUGACAGAUUUCUUUUUCCCGAGAUCAGUUAUAUUUUGAUGGCAUCUCAUAUUAUCCGUCAUCUUGAUGGCUUACAGGAUAGUGAGACUGCACCCCGUCUGUAAUACUGCUUUGUGACUCUGUCACUAUUGGCAUCAGUGGGCUCUGGUCUCUUUUCUUCUCAGGAGAACAGAAUCUUCCUCAUGUCUAAGGAUGGAGUUACUUUACUAUCAGUAGUAAAGCCUGAACUAUGCUUGAGGUGAACUGAUGUUUUGUUUAUUGAAAAAUGAAGAGAAGCAGGUGAAAAGUAUAAAAAGGAGAAGAUAUUUUCAACAGCUGAUAAUAGCUAAUUUACCACACAUUAAAUUGCCACUCUGUGCCAUAUAAUUCCAGCUAGAAAUGUGAGCUCAAUUAUAUUAAUUUUUAGGUAUGUUAAUUUGUUAUAUGUUUCUGUGUACAUAAAUGGUAUGGAAUGAAUAGAGCCUGGAAUUCCCUAAACAAGGUGACUGGACAUUGUGGUCCUGUUAAGUAGACAACCGUUGUUGUUCUUCUGGCAGCUUGUUACGCAAGGAGCUAGCUUGACAUCCAAGAUGCAGACCUAAAUACUAUUUGUGUUUCUUAUGUGUCUGGCCCCACUGGGACCAGCUGAACAAAAUGUUGUUCUAACGUAGUCAUAAUUUUCCAUUGUCACAACCAGUAUUCUUUUAUGUUACCCUGGUAGCCAGUAAUGCUGGAAAAAGUAAGUCUAGAACAGGAAACAGAUGACCAAACUGAACUCAGCUCCUCUGUGUGUUAAAGUUAGUAAUCUGUUAGUACAUGUAUCUUUAUUUUUGUUCUUUCAUUUUUGUCUUUAUCAUGUUAAUUAUCUGCUUCCUCAGUCCUGUUUCAAGAGGUGUUAGUAUGCUAUAUUUAGGCAGGGGUAGUAAUAAACAAGGGAUAUUCCUAGUAGGUACAUUGUGCCCCUAAUUUUUCUGUGGCUUGAUCUUAACCAAAAAUAUUUGUGAUAUUAGUAUUAGCUCUGCUAAAACCAAUCUAUUGAUUUUUUUUUUAAAUGAAAAUUACAUGUGUUGUCAAAAUUACCCAUUGAUCGUUCUUACAAAAACGCUUAUGAAAUGAUUCAUUAUUAGGGCUGCCAUAAUUUUAGACUGAUUUUUUUUCUGUUUCUGAUUAUUGCUUGAUUUUCAGCUACCUGGUGGAUCUGUCAUUUGAAAAGGCAAUGAUAAUAAGUGGAAAUCUUUUUUAAAUAGCUGUCUUCCUAGGUGACAUGCUAUGCCAGGUAUUCUCAUUGACAAGAACAAUUCAAAAAACCUGUAUGGUCAAGUAUGUACGCAUAUAAGUUUGAGCUUUAAGUAAUCUGCAGUGAAAUGGCACACAGCUGAUUUUAUAAUUGGUUUAUUGUGGAUAUUAGUUUGGCUAAACACCAUCAGCUGCAGCAAUUUUCUGUCAAGAUUUUGGUUUAGGAUUAAUUAUUUACGCUUUCAAUGAAUAGAUAUACAUAUAUUUUAAAGAGCAUUGAGCUAGAAAAGCAUUGAUAGGUAACUGAACAGCUGAAGUGUUGGUUUCGGUCUUAGUGCUUAGUUGUCAGCAGAAAGAAAAGCACAAUUUUUUCCUUUAAGCCUAUUCAGGUACUACUUUCAGUGGUUUUGCCUUGGAGCAUUUGCCUGUCAUAACAAAAUCUUGAUGUAAAAUCUCAGUCCAAGUUCCUGUGAUUUUAUUACUACUUUUUUUUUUUAAAAAAAGGGGGGGAAAUCUAGGUAUCAUACAUGUACCUGUCUAUAUGUCUAGUGUCAAAAAUGUUACUUAGAUGCCUCUCUAAUAAAAUGAAGAAAACAGAGCUUUCCACACUCAGGCUUGUGUUUAAACUACCUGGCUAUCACGAUUUCAGUUCAGUAGCUUGUCCUUAGCAAGUUAAAUUAAAUUCAGUUUCGAAACUUAAUAAUAUAUUAAGACUAUAUGCAAACAGUAACACUGAAACCAAAUUAAUUUUCUCUUUGCUUUUAGCUUUUGUUUACUCAGAGAUUAAAUGAGUAAUGAAGUGUCCUGCUCUGCAUUCUUCUCCUCAAAGUGAAUUUAAGAAAAUACCUGUAUUUUCAAAAUUCCCCUGAUAAGCCUCAUAUGUAAGGAAGAGUGUUUAGGAUAGUUUUAUAAUAAAUCACUCAGGUCAUCUGUGAGUGAAAGCAGAACAGUUUGUAAACUUUGUCAAGUGGUAUAUUCCCUAA